CAUAAGCGUUCGGCCUCCUUUACUCUAGUCUUCAUGAGUUAGACUCUGCUUGUGAUAUUUUUUAAUUAAGUAGUAAUGGGUUUAAGUUUGUUGAGUGCCGUCAAGUAUAUCGUGCGCAAUGUUCUUGUUUUAAAAAGCAUUAAUCGUAGUCAGUUUCUGUUACUAGAAUAGUGUGUGACGCUAGGUCAUGUUAUUGACCUAACCUUACGUAAUACCAAUUUUGUAUCGAUAUGUUGGUGUAUCUUGUUUAUUAAUGUUAUUUGGAUAAAGAUGCUAUCGUUCUUUCGGAAAUUAUCUAUCGGUGGGAAAAUAAAAGAUGGUAUAUUGCCCGACGGAGUUAUGAGCACACCAGAGGAACUGUUAAAGGUUAAAAAUCAGAGUACACUGAUACUGAAAGAUGAGACUGAACUCAAAGAAUCCGUUUAUGAUUUGCUUAGGACGAUCAAAGAUCCUGAGAAGCCUCAGACUUUGGAGGAAUUGGACGUGGUUUACGAGGAUUGUGUGAAUGUAUGUGAGGCUACUGCAAAAGGAGUAUCGGUGAUUCGAGUAGAAUUCAACCCUACGGUUCCUCAUUGUUCUCUUGCUACACUUAUUGGUUUGUGUAUAAGAGUUAAGCUAGAACGUCAACUACUAGCAUUAUUUAAAUUGGAUAUAUACAUCAAGGAAGGUGCCCAUUCAACGGAAGAGGAAAUUAAUAAACAGAUUAAUGACAAAGAGCGUAUAGCUGCUGCCAUGGAAAAUCCUAAUUUACGCGAUUUGGUUGAAAAGUGUAUACAAGAAGACGAAUGAUUUUAGGGUUACGUAAUUUAGUAUAUAUAUAAGUAAUGCUAGAUUUACGUCUUUCAUUUUUUACUGUACUAAGUUUAUUUGGGUGUAUAUGGUUUUAGUGGAACGAGUUAUUAUACUAUGUACAGUUAUUAGAUUUAUAAACUGCAUCAAGGAUUGUCAUUAAGAUUGAAUUUCUAUAAGUGAAUGAUAUAUAUAAUAAAAUAAUACUUUUAUGGAA